AUGUAUGAUCCCUCGUUUGGUGGGGAAUUUUAUUUUUUGGUGCUCGAGGCUACAUUAAACUUUAAAGAAACUAGUAAUUUAACUUUGGUUAGCUUCUACAUGCUUUUGGGACGACAAACAUUUAGUUCUAUGCCGUUGCAAGGGCCUUACGAGGAUGGGAAGCCUGAUGCUACCUUUUCGUUUACUGACGAUGAUUUUGAUAAAGUUGCCUCUGGGAAGAUGAAUCCUCAAUUUGCAUUCAUGAGGGGUGCUAUCAAGAUAAAAGGGAGCAUAAGUGCUGCCCAAAAAUUUACGCCAUAUGUUUUCUCCAAUACUGGGCUUACGACUUGUGUUUCUUAUUUCGAAAGCAGUCCAGCAAUUUGA